AGACAUAUGCAUGAUACGAACUUCAGGCCAGUGGGUUCGCAGAAAUCUCAGCACCGCUGCUUCCCCUUCUUGAGAAGGACUCGCUUCAUUGUACCGUCGAUCCCGGUGUAUGUGUUCGCGAUAAAUACGGUAGAAACUACUCUAGUUUAUAAGUACUCUCUUCUCAGCUCUACUUCCAGCAUUCCGACGCACUCAGAUACCACUAUCAUUACCAUCAUUAGUACCACUAUGUCCUCCGUACACGUUUCCACUUCCCGAACCAACUCAGACCAGACUCUGGACCGCUUGUCCCAAGCUGUUCGGGGAUAUUUCCUGGCAAAUCCAUCUCAUGCUGCCAUAUUCGUACCUAUCCUGCGGGGAGAGGCUCUAGAGAACUACGACUUUGACAACCUCCACAGUAUAUCUUAUUCCAAGUAUGCGCGGGAGCUCGGAGACAUCAAGAGUUUCAUCGAGCAUAACUUUCCUUCUCCGACGGUUUCACCUCUUGAUAAAACGUGCGGACAUUGCAAGGCUUGUAUGGUGGAAAAGUCUAACAUUGAGCUGCAUGGUCGUCUCGUGGCUGCUCUUUCUGCGACCCGAGAUAUGGACACUAUCAUCAAUCUACGCUUCAUCCUCGCUGUUAUCAUCAUCCACUGUCUGGCCCACACAUUUGCGGUUGGCAAUCCUAUGCCGGUGCGGAUAGAUGACUACCCUUUUUACAAGUGCAACUACCUGUUUCUUGCCCGUGAUAUUGCUGAGCCUGGUUUUUUCGCUGAGGAGGGCAUCUUUGGCGGUAUCAUUGGCAUCGUAUUCAAAGAUCAGGAGAAUGGAAUGCCUCCAAGAUUCUUGGAGGCGGACUUCACGAAGAUCGCCUAUCUCUUUCUUCUUGACCGGACUGGAGCAGCAUACCGCCUUAACACCGGAGAGCUUAGAGAGCAGUUAAAGUCCCAUCGCUUCGGCCGGUUCACGAACACUCGUCACAUCGAGUUGCCGAGGAAGAUCAUAGAGAGAACGUGUGCUGCGUUUAAUGGCGACCACCUUCCAAUUAAAAGGGUUGGUGCCGGUCGAGCUCCUGACUGGUUGGAAGCGAUAAUAGAACACGGUGAUCUUGAGUACACCGAUGAUCGCUUCCACCACGAAUGCGUCCAUUUCAUGAACUAAAGCCCGCUGUUCAAUUAGUAAUGCGUAUGAGUACCGCCUUAUCUCUAGCUAUGUAUUGAGUUUUGAUGUUCGUCACAAUGUCUUACUUUGUUCCAAUUUAUGAGUUGUGUCAAUUUAUACCAGACAAAAUGCUUGUGCUCUGACACCGAUGAAUAGGCCGCAUGGCGUUGGGAUCAGAGCCACAGCCCCGAACUUCAUGAUAACUAAC